AUGAAAUUCUCAUUUGCUUUGUUUGUUGCGCUUUCUGCCUCUUUUGUAGCUGCAGUCCCCGUUAGCUCGCCCAAUGAAGCAGCCGGCGCUGCGUACUUCGAGAAGGCCUACUCGGAGAAACGCUCUCUCAAACAGGAUGAUGCUGCCGGCUAUUGGUUCAGUAAGGGCUACGAGGAGGAACGCUCUCCUAAAGAGGACGGCGCUGCCGCUUUUCGAGACGAGAUGGCCUACGAUGACCCGAAAUAA